GCACUGUGCAUACCAUUCUUUGCCCCCAGGAAGGCGUGCUUUUGUAGAAACCGUCAAUCGACACUGCCCAAGAGGGCUUUUUAACUUUACCUGAUUCAAUAAUACUUAAUCUGUUCCAUCAAAGCCUAAUUUAAUAUCAAUUAUUUUCUUUCAAUUUUCCGUAAAUAAUUAUAUCAAGCUACAAAAAUUUGGCUGUGGCGACUUUACGCUGCUGUGGUAGUUUGAUGGCGUCAUAAAUUUUACGUCCAAAGACGGAUUGCUUUGUAUUUAGGGCCUUGUAUUAGACCAAACCUUGAGGUUGUUAUUUGCGUCGGCGGUCUGUUGCCGCGUAAUUUAUUUUCGCCGAAAAUGGUUGUUUGCUCGUCAAACACAUCUAUGAAUGAAGGAGGGAUACCUCUUCCUUCCUUACAAGAACAGAAGAAUACUAUUUUCAAGCUGUGUCAAUUGCCUUUGAAGACGGGAGAGACUUGGUACCUGAUUGAUCCUGUAUGGUUCAAACAAUGGAAGAGAUAUGUGGGAUAUGAUGAUCGUGAUUCAGCAUUAGUUGGUCAGCCUUCUUCUUUUCCAGGUCCCAUUGACAAUAGCCCUCUGCUCAAAGAUGACGGCAGCGGUGAGAUCCGUGAGCAGAUGCUGGACUCGGUGGACUACGAGCUGCUGCCGGAGGAGGCGUGGACGCGCCUCCAGCAGUGGUACACUCUGGCCGCCGGCCAGCAGCCCAUCGCCAGAAAGGUUAUUGAAACGGGCGUGUUCAUGAAGCAAGCGAAAGUGGAGGUGUACCUGCUAGAGCUGAAGCUCUGUGAAAACUCCAACCUCGACCACCAGAUAACAAAGUCGUUCAGCAAGGAGGACACUAUCGGUCACCUGGAGCGGACGAUGCGCGAGCUGUUUGGCGCGCGCGCCGACCGCGACUCGCGCGUGUGGAACCGCUACACGACCAACACGUACGAGCAGCUGGCCGACCGCGAGGCCACCAUCAGCAGCGCCGGGCUGUACGUCGGACAGAUCAUCGUGCUGGAAGUGCAGAACGAGGACGGCAGCUGGCCGCGGCCACGACCGAGCUCGUCUGGAGUGCUGGGCAGCCUCACCAACGGCAGUAUCGUCGACAAAAAGUCCUACUCUGUCGGACACGGUUACAUUUCCAGCCACCAGCCGGGGCUGUGCGGCCUCUCCAACCUGGGCAACACGUGCUUCAUGAGCUCAGUGCUGCAGUGUCUGUCCAACACUCCGCCGCUGGCGCUCUACUUCCUGGAGAACCGGCACCUGGCCGAGCUGAACACGGAGAACCCGCUGGGCAUGCGCGGGGAGAUCGCGCGCGCCUUCGGCAGCCUGGUGCAGGAGAUGUGGAGCGGCCGGCACCAGUCCACCGUGCCGCGCACCUUCAAGCACCAAGUGUCUCGGUUCGCGCCGCAGUUCUCCGGCUACCAGCAGCACGACUCGCAGGAGAUGCUGACCUUCAUCCUGGACGCCCUCCACGAGGACCUCAACCGCAUCCACAAGAAGCCCUACAUCGAGCUCCGGGACUCGGGCGGACGGCCCGACGCGGAGGUGGCUGCCGAGGCUUGGGACAACUACCGGCGCCGAAAUACUUCCGUCAUCGUCGAUAUGUUCUACGGCCUGCUGAAGUCGACCGUGGUGUGCCCAGAGUGCUCCAAGGUCUCGGUCACAUUCGACCCGCACUGCAUGCUGCAGCUGCCGCUGCCCGUCAAACGAGAGAGGACUAUCGAGGUUCGCGUGGUGUGGGCCGAGUCGUCUCGCCGGCCGGUGCUGUACAAGGUCACGCUGCCGAAGCAGGGCUCCAUCCAGGACCUGUGCCGCGCCCUGGAGCGGCUCACCAAGGUGCCGCACGACUGCCUGGUGGUCGUCGACGUCUACCACAACAAGUUCCACAAGAUCUUCACGGGCGCUGACUCCCUCAAAGACAUCAACGAUAAGGACGUCAUCUUUGCGUUCGAGACGCCGCCGCCGUCGUCCGGUCUGCAGCCGGUGCCCGUGUACGUGCGGCGCGGUGACGUGGGCGUCGGCGGUGCGCCGUUCUUCGUCUGCGUGCGCCGCGACCGCACCAGCUACGCCGAGCUGUCGGAGAAGGUGUCGGCGGCGACGGCGCGCUACGUGCGGCCCCUGGUGCCCUCCGACUGGUGGACCGGACCGGAGGCAGCCGAUGUGCCCACCGAUAGCGGAGCGCUGCCGAACGGCACGGCGGCGGUGGGCGGCGCCGAGGCGGCCACUCCGGACGACGACCCGGCCGAGAAGCCUGCCGACGAGCCGAUGGAGGGAGCCGAGGGCGGCGAGAAGCCGUCCGCCGCACCAGCGCCCUACCAGCUGCAGCUGGUCAACAGCAGCGCCAACACGUGCCUGGCGCGGCUGUCGGCCGACCACCCGCAGCGCCAGGUGGCCGUGCCGCCCGGCGCCGUCAUCCUGGUCCAGUGGCAGCCGGCGGCGUUCGCCGCGGCCGUCGAUACGCUGGAGAUGGACGCGCGGGACGAGCACGAGUCAGUGAACGCGCGUCCGUCCACCCGCCGGCCGGCCAUCCAGCUGAGCGACUGCAUCGACCUCUUCACCAGCACCGAGAAACUCGGGGUCAACGACGCCUGGUACUGUCCCGACUGCAAGAAGCACCAGGAGGCCACCAAGAAGUUCGACCUGUGGAGCCUGCCCGACGUGCUGAUCAUCCACCUGAAGCGGUUCUCGUACACUCGCAUCUUCCGCGACAAGAUCGACGCGCUGGUGGAGUUUCCGACGCGCGGCCUGAACAUGGGGCCGCACCUGCUGGACCCCAACCGGCCGUGCUCGACGUACGACCUGAUCGGCGUGUCCAAUCACUACGGCGGCAUGGGCGGCGGACACUACGUGGCCUACUGUAAGAACCGUGACGACAACCGCUGGUACUACUUCGACGACAGCUCCGUCACAGAGGCCUCCGAGGACGCCGUCUGCACGAAGGCGGCCUACGUGCUGUUCUACAUGCGCCGCGAGCCUCAGAGCGCCGCCUGCCGCCUGCCGCUGGCUCCGCGGCCGGCCACGGUUGUCUCUAACGGCCGCUCCUCGGACUCUGAGGACGGCUCGGAGGAGGCAGAGGACGACAUGGACUGCAGUUAAUGACGGCGCACCGCUCCCCCCCCCCCCCUCGACCGACAACCGCGGGACGAGCGGGCGGCGGGUCCGCUGUCGGCGUGUCGCGUACAGAGCCCCCGUGGGACUCGGAGCGUCCCGUCGACGGCCGCUGAGUGAUAGACCAGGUGCGAGGGAGGCACUCUCAGAGACGACUUUGAUGUGGUGUGAGCGGAGGAAGGUCCGACCGCGCCGAGGUGGGUUCGGGACGCAGACCCCUAAGCGGCCGUGGUGAGGUGCGGAUGUAGGUGACCUUGGCUGUAUCAGGCAGGGCAGAGCCGGCCGGCUGCGGUUUCGGUCGGACCCGGGUGGCGUGUCGGCGGCAGGGCUCGCCGGCGGCGGGACUUGGCGCCGGCCCGAGGUGUAUUGUCAAAGCUGCGAGUUCGGGCGGCCGUGGCCGUCACGGCCAGCGGCCGGGCCCGACUGCGCCGUAACUCCGGAUGGCAGUGAAGAAUACGGAGUGUUUUAACAACAGUCAGCCGGCGUCGGCACUCAGUCUUAGGGGAGGCGCGUGAUUGUACCGCUGUGUUCCACGAGCGUUUCUCUAAAUAUACCUCCCAGGUGAACAACAGUCCCCAUCUUAGGCACUGAGUUGUUAUUGAUUUCCGUUAUGAUUUAUGUACGAAUACAUGUUAUCAAUCAAU